AUGGCAAAAGUUUACAAGGUUAUCAAUGACCCUUUACAACCUGCAACGGAAGCUUCUGAUACGUCGUGUUUACCAGUAGAUUGGAACAAGUGUAUUUUGUGUCAGACAGACACAUCCGAAAUCCUGUCUUGUCCGGCUGAUUCUAAGCGUAUCACGAAAGGAGCAGGUUAUAAGACUGUGGCAGAAAAUCUUCAAGCUUUUGAGAAAAUUGGUUCUUUACCUAAAACAAUAAAUCUGUGCCGAUUAAAUGAAGGAGAAGGAAUCGAAGCGAGUUUCCAGCAACAUAAAGCCAAAUGGCAUGACUCAUGUAGACUGAAGUUCAACAAGACAAAACUCCAGCGGGCAGAAAAGAGAAAAGCAGCUCCAGAUGAUAGUUCAAGUUCAAAAAGCCCAAGAAAAUACACGCGUAGAAACGUUGAAAAGGUACCAAACCCUAUUCAUCAAUGCUUCUUCUGUGGUAAGCAAGCUGAAGGUGAAGACUCCUUGCACAGAGUAUCGACACUUGAGCUUGAUGCCCGAGUUCGUCACUGCGCUUUACAGUUACAGGACAAACCUCUAUUAGCCAAACUGAGUGCUGGAGACAUGGUAGCUCAAGAUGCUGAAUAUCAUGUCAAAUGCCUUGUUUCCCUUUAUAACAGGGCACGAGGAACCGAAACAUAUAGUGCAGAAAGUGAUGCGGAUGCCGUUAAUCACGGCAUUGCUUUUGCUGAACUUGUUUCUUAUAUAGAAGAUGCAAGAAUGGACAAUCUGGUAGCCCCAAUUUUCAAAUUGUCUGACCUAGUCAGUCUAUACAGCAACAGGCUUAAACAACUUGGAACAGAAGUAGCUGGACGCAUCCAUUCAACUAAACUCAAGAUUAGAGUGUUGAGCUACUUUUCAGAAAUGGAAGCUCAUACCCAAGGCCGUGAAGUUAUUCUGGCUUUCAACGGGGAUGUUGGUGCCGCACUGAGAAAAGCAUGUGAACAUGACGCUGAUGGGGAUGCUGUUCAUCUUGCUAGGGCUGCUACUAUAGUUAGAAGAGAUAUGUUCAGUAAGAAAAUGGAAUUCAAUGGCUCAUUCUCCACUACUUGCCAGGAACAGUCUGUGCCUAAUUCACUGCUAGCACUGGUUACUAUGGUACUUAAUGGACCAAAUAUCAAAUCACGUUCCUCCAAUGUGCCUCAGGCUGCCCUUUCUCUGUCUCAGCUUCUUCUAUACAACAGCGUGAAGCGCUACAAGGAAAAUGAUACAGAUAUUGUCCGACACAGCCAACAAAGAGAAGCACCUCUACCAGUCUAUUUAGGUGUGAUGCUUCAUACAAAGACCAGGAAACGUGAACUUGUGGACGCUCUUUUUAAUCUUGGCUUGUGUAUAUCGUAUGACCGUGUAUUAAAAAUCUCCACUGAGCUGGGAAACAACAUUUGUUACUACUAUCAGCAGAAAAAGGUUGUUUGUCCCCCUCGACUGAAAGGUGGUAUUUUCACCACCGCUGCAGUAGACAACAUUGACCACAAUCCCAGCUCAACUAGCUCUCACGACUCAUUUCAUGGAACUGGGAUAUCCCUCUUUCAGCACCCCACUGAGAAAGACAAUGACGAAAACAGUGGAGUUCAGCUGCCUGCUGACGCAAUUCAGGACAAUAUACGUGCACAAAAGAAGGCAUUAAUGCUACCAGAGUUUUACACAACGGUGCCUCCUGUCGCUUUGCGUAGGGACGACCCACCCAUCCCACAGCUUCAAGGGCCUAACAAAGGAGAGUGCCAGCGCAUUCCUGAAGAAACAGUGAAGGAAUACCGGUACAGUUGGCAAAAAUCUUUUUUUUUUCGACAUUGCUUUCCUAGGUGACUGUAACUGCAGUAUUAAUAACUACAAAACUGAUAUUUUAUUUGUACAUUUUACAGGUGGUUGCAAGAGGUAAAUCGAGUAGUAACUAAUGAGACCGUAAAAGAUGCUGAUGCCGUUUCCUGGUCUGCAUACCAUGCAAGUCUGCAACCUUCUAGUAAAUCAUCCGAAUGCUGCGUCACAGCAACCUCUCUACUGCCUCUUUUUCAUGAUCAAGCCCACUCCGUAGCCAUGAUUCGCCACUCAAUGGACGUUGUUAGCAAAGCAGUGCAGAGUUUAAAUCCUGGUCAGGUGCCCAUUAUCACUGCAGAUCAACCUCUAUACACAAUUGCAAAGCAAAUCCAGUGGAACUGGCCAGGAACCCAUGGUGAGGAUAAGUUUGUAGUGAUGUUUGGGGGACUGCACAUUGAAAUGGCAGCUCUGAAGGCCAUAGGAAAUCUCUUAGACGGCAGUGGAUGGGGAAGUGCACUAGUACAAGCCGGUGUUGCUACGCCUGGGACGGCUGAUUCAUUUUGUCGCGUUACUCAUGUGACACGCACUAGAAGAGCCCAUCAGAUCACGGCUGGCAGUCUGUUUGUACUUCUUGAAAAGGCUUAUUCUCAGUAUCGUGUCAGUCUGAACGAAGACCAGAAUCCGCUGUCAUUAGAAGAGUGGUGUUCGCACAGUGCAGAACUUUAUCCACAGUUCAAGUUCUGGUUGCUUAUCCUGCAGAUGCAAUUGGCCGUAUUGAUCUACAUUAGAGCUAUUAGAGAAGCUGACUUCGAGCUGUACGUUGACGCACUCACGCAAAUUGUUCCGUGGUUCUUUGCUCUAGACCAAAUUCACUACGCUAGAUGGAUCCCUGUUCAUUUACGGGACAUGGUUACACUGAGAGACGUUCAUCCAACUGUUUUUGCUGAGUUCAUGAAAGGAAAUUUUGUUGUAAAGAAGACAGAACGCAGAUUCUCGGCCAUAGCAAUUGAUCAAGCGCAUGAACAGAACAAUGCUUCUGUGAAAGAUGACGGAGGAGCUGUUGGCUUAACGGAAAAUCCGGCUGCAUUGCGGCGGUGGAUGGUAUCUGGACCAGAGAUGGCCAGAGUUAUUGAAGAGUUUGAAGCAUCAACAGAGAAGAGAAAAUGUUUAGAUUUCCGUCAUCAUGAGGAGGCCAAACACGUGCAGAAAAAAUUUGCACAAAAUGUUGAAGAUCUCGCCAAAGCCAUCGAAGAAAUGGGAAAUCCAUUCACCGAGAACAGCAACGAUCUUCUUGUUCUGGACAGUAGAGACCUUGCAGAUCCAGCCAUUAUUGAUUCUGUUCGUAAAAUUGAGAAACUGGGACAAGAGCAGUAUGACAUCUAUGUAGGAGAGAGGCUAGUCAAUCAAACAAAGUCCGUCUGGGAGCCUAUCAAGAAGAACAGUUUGGCACUAUUUAGCCGACCUCCAAUCCGAGAAAAGACAAAGUCGCAGCUACAGCUUGCUUCCCUGAAAAAUGACUGCUCCCUCUUUUCACGUCUUUACGUUGCAUCGCAGGUCCGCAAUGGCAAUCUUGAUGAAUUUUUCGAGCAUGAGAAUCAGGCAUACCCUCCAGCAUUAUCACAAAAUGGCAAGCUGAGAACCGGUACUAAGUCUGACCUUGUUAGAUGUCUGGAAGAACUCGUAAAUUCCCGCGAGAAUGCCACUCAUCCCAGUGUGGAAGUUAUCAUCCUCGAUGGCUCUGUCAUUGUAAACAUGCUUCGACCAGGUUCAGCAAAAACUUUCUCGGAUUAUGCUUCGCAAGUUUUUCUUCCAUACGUAGCGUGCCAGCUGCAGCAAGCAAGUAGAAUUGACAUCGUUUGGGAUGAGUACCGCCCUGACAGUUUGAAAGCUGAAACGAGGGUUAAGAGAGGAAAGGGAGUUCGAAGACGCGUAGAGGCUUCAACACCAAUUCCAGGAAACUGGCAAGAGUUUUUGCGGACUGAUGAAAACAAAGUAGAACUGUUUCGUUUUCUAGCAAAUAGAGUGCCAUGCAUCGAAACCGAAAAGCAAGUUCUCAGCACUAUUCAGUCUGAUAUAGUUUGCAAUCAGUCAAGAAAUGUUUCGAGGCUUACCCCAUGUACACACGAAGAAGCAGAUACCAGGAUCAUCUUGCACUUGGAGGACGCUGUCACUGAAGGAUUUAACAAAAUAUCCAUUCGUACCGUUGACACCGAUGUAGUGGUUUUGGCAGUGACAGCAGCACAGCGCAACGGAAACACUGAAAUCUGGAUCGCUUUUGGUACAGGAAAGAGUUUCCGCUUUUUGCCCGCUCAUGAGAUGGCUAGAGUACUGGGACCAGACCGAUGUACUGCCUUGCCGAUGUUCCACGCCUUUACUGGGUGUGACACUGUUUCAUUUUUUGGAGGAAGAGGUAAACGAACUGCCUGGGACACGUGGAGAUCCUACAACGAUAUCACAUCGAUAUUCGUCUCUUUGGCAAACACCCCAGAGUCUGUGGAGAGCUCAGUUACAUCACUGGAGCGAUUUGUGAUUUUGCUGUAUGAUCGCACCAGCAGCCUAGAAGACAUCAAUCAGGCCAGGAAACACCUCUUUGCGCAAAAAGGGAGGUCGAUCGAAAACAUUCCACCGACGAAAGCAGCCCUUGUACAGCACAUCAAGCGGGCAGUCUAUCAAGCUGGUUAUUGCUGGGCACAAGCGACGACUUCAAGCCCUGAUCUCCCAUGCCCUAGUGAAUGGGGCUGGAAAAGAAAGGAGCCAUGCAGCUGGGAAGCCAACUGGACCUCACUGCCAGAAGCAACGGCGGCCUGCAGAGAACUUUUGAGGUGUGGUUGCAAGAAAGGUUGCAAAAAGAACUGCAAAUGCUCAAAGGCUGCUCUGCAGUGCACAGCUCUAUGUCAAUGUGGUGGACAAUGCACUGAAAACUAG